AUGAUGGAUGGGAACUUCAAAGUGGGACACCUGCAUCCUAUCAACCCAGAUGAUGAAGUAUGGCUGUCCAAUGAAUUUGGAUUCAUGGUCGAGCUAUCAAUUAAGCAAAUGCAGCUCGGCACAAGCUGGAGUCCACCAGGAUCUGGGGGGUGGUCUGUGCCCGACACUGGUUGCUUUGUUCCACACUCAAUCAUGGAUUUUCAGAAAGGAGAAAGACAAAUGAACAUGGAUUAUGCCCUGUGCAAGGCUGUGGCAUACAACUUGAAAGGCAUCACCAGGGCUGUCACCUUCUAUGACAUCAACUGUCAAUACAACGAGCAUCUUCGCACUCAAGUGAAUCGAGGUCCGUUCUUGACAAUGGUUCCAGAGCUGACCAUUGUUCCUGGAAUUGGGCUUUGGCAUGUGUAUGGACAUCAGGGCAGCUGCUAUGUGAGAUAUGCAUUGAACUUCAUCGAAGGAAUUAGUCGCAUUGAUGGAGAGAUCAUGGAGACCCUUUUGGCCCCCCUUAACCUUAUAUCUCAUUCCACUCAGGGAAUGUCUUCACCACAUAGGAAAGAAUGUCUCAAUUUUCAAAUGAAUGAUUCCAAUUGCUGCAAGAUGAUUCACAUGAAAAGGACUCUUUGCUGGAAAUUCAAGGGGGUGAAGUGUGGGAUUGCCAAAAGUGGGAAGGCAUUUGAUAGACUCAAUGAGGUGGCACCCGAAAGCUCAAAGACAUUGUGGUUGGUGAGUGAGAGGGUCGUGCAGUCCAACAGAAUACAUGAUCCCACUGUGAUGGACAUAUGUGAGAUCAAUAUCUGGAAGGAGGAGAAUCAUGCUCGUCAUGCAUCACCUUCCCACCAAUCAGUUGCAACAUGGAUAUCAAUGCGGUUGGCGAUUGAAGAGGCUCAGAUUGCAUUGCUCCUCAAGCAAUGUGAUCGGGUGCAGGGACAGAUUGAUGGAUUCACUCAGUCCACUCACGUGCAUUUUGGAGAUGGAUUCGAUGAUGAGUUCACUGAGACUCUCAAUACCUACCCAAAUACCCCCGAACUCACCAUCAUCCCAUUGCCAUCCAAUGUCGGGCUGGACCAACUCAAACACUGCUUAGCAGAGGAUCUGAUUCCAUUAGAGAUGUCACUUCAUGAAGGACAGGCCAAUGAUGCCCUUCACAAUCUCCAAAUUCACCUGCAGGCGAAGUCCCAAGCUCUGAAGACUCGGGCAUGGUCCCAGGUGAUGUUGGUGGAGCAGGCCAUGUCUCUGAAUGCCAGUAUAUACAACAGGACACAGAAGCAAAUUAUGAAACUUGGUCUGGGGCAACACCAGCUUCAGAAAUACCAACCUCUGCUCUGGGAACAGCUCAAAAUCAGCACUGCAGUCGGUGAUCCAAAUGCCCGAGGUCAGCAGAAUGAGUCCCUUGCCUGGUUCUGGUCUCUCAACAUCAAUCUAUCAGGGCUGAGUGAGUUGUGGAAUGAUGAAUGUGAGUUCAGGCAUCCUUUCCAAAUGUGA